UUGCCAGUCCGCUUCGUCAGUGCGAGACUCGUGUCGGUCUGAAACAGUCGUAUUUAUAAUGAGUUCCCGAGAGAAGGCAAUUCUAACUGAAUUCAUAAAACUAUAUAAAAACCUUUCCUGCUUAUGGGAUACUACAAAUUCUACGUAUCAUAAUAAGGAAGCUCGCACACACGCGUACAAUAUUCUUUUAGAGAAAUAUAAAGAAUACGAUGAGGAGGCCACGUUUCCGAUUUUAAGGAAACGAAUAGAUAAUAUGAGAACUUGCACUAAAAGAGAGUAUCGAAAGGUAUUAGCUGCAAAAAUGAAAGGUGAAGAUUACAAGCCGACGUUAUGGUAUUACAAAUUGUUUUCCUUUCUGUUUCACCCGGAAAUAGAUGCGAAAAGUGAUGCCGAAUCGGAAACGUAUAACAGUGACGAUUGUACCGAUACGCAUGAAGAACUAUUAUUCCAUUUACAAAGCGACAAUUCGAUACCGGCGAAAAAGCAAAGACUUUCGGAAAUUUACAUAAAAGAAGAUGGGCCUAACGAGAAUUCGAUAAAUCGUUCAGAGAUUGAAAAUACGUCAUCUCACGACCUCGAGGAGGCUGCGUCGUUUGGACGCACUAUCGGCUUACAAUUGAAUAAAUUGGACCGUUUUCAACGCAUUAUAGCAGAGAAACUUAUAUCAGAUGUCAUAUUUAGCGCUAGACUGAAUAAAUUGAGCGCAGAAUCAACCAUACAUUUAUAGGAAUGUUUUUACGUAGUAUAAGUAAAUAUGUUUUUGAACACUA